AUGCUAAAAGAUUAUGACGAAUUCGAAGAACUUAUAUAUUAUCCAAAUGAAGAAUUAAAAGAUUUAUUGGAAAAUAAAAUAUUCCAAGUUGCUUUAAAUAGUCCUGGUCUCAUUUUCUUCGCCAUUUUUACAUGGAAAAUCUAUUUGAAUAAUGAGAUUUUGAUGGAAAAUCGAACAAGAUUAAUAAUGAUUGAAAUGUGGUUGAUUAAUUUUUUAACAAUUCUUGAUCUAGUUAUUAAUGCGAUUUAUGAAGCAGAUACUUAUUUUAUGGAUUCGGAGGGAAUUAUUAGGUGAGUAUUUGGAAAAGCGCGAUCCAAAUAUGCUUCUCAGAUCGGAGAUUAAUUGGUUAGUUGAAGAAGCUGAGAAUUUUCGAGGUUUAUAUCUAGAAAUUGCAAUAUUUUUGCAUAUUUCUCGAGAAAUAAUUCACAAAAAAUAUUCUGAUCUACCAACUUAUCCAAAUAUUGUUAUAUUCAUUGCGCAAUUAUAUUUUAGCUAUUGUUUUGGACAAACAUUUAGAAAUUGUAAUAGUAUAGCUCCUUUAAAAACUGUCGAACAACAUAAAGAUCGAUAUCUUUUACAUCCAAUUUUAUUAGUCUACUUUAUAAUUUCUAUCAAAUAUCUUGGCUUGAAAUUCUAUCCGAAUUCGUUUAUUAUCCCGAUUUUGUUCACAUUUUUUAUUCGAUCAUUUUUUGAGAAAGUUAAGAUUAAUUAUUUGAAUUUUGGAUGUCAAACUAAUACAUUUUUGUAUUUUAUGUUUAUUCCAAUUUAUGCUUCAUAUUCUGAAAUUGUUUUUCGAAAAUUAUUCAAGAGAUUUAAGUAUUUUGCAAAAAUUGUGGCGGAAUAAGAUGGAAAUAAUAAAUAUUUUUAUACUGAAAAUCUACUGUUUCAAAAUUAUUUUGAGCAUAAAAAUAGUCCCAAAAAAUCUUGCUCAAAUUAUUUUCGUUCAAAAUAUAGUUUUCUAUUAAAAUUCACUGUUUCAAAGAGUAUUUAUCAUUUUUUUUAUAUUUUCUAUCAAUUCGGGAAACAUAUUCAUGAAUUUUCUGAUAAAUAAAAAUUUCACUGUUUCAAAAUUAGCUGAACUAGAAAAUGAGCAUUGAAACAAUAGUUUGGAAAAAAUAUUUUUUGUAGAAAAUUUUACUGUUUCAAAAUAUUUUUAUGAGAAAAUUGUAUUUUUUGAUUGGAUUUGUUGGAAAAUCACAAAACUACAGUUCAAAAAAAAUAUUUUUUCACUGUUUCAAAAUUUGUUGAACUGAAAAAAUAAUCAAAAAUUUCACUGUUUCAAAAUUUUCUAUUAGAAAAUUUCAAAAAAUCCAAUUUUCCCCAAACGUGACCGAUUUUCCCCGUUUUUUUUUCCCAGCCCAAAAAUUCCCAAAAAUCCCCGUCAUUUUUGAAUAAAAUAAAAAAAGAAAGUGUCUAAAUUAUUUCAAUGAGUUAUAAGAACAGAGGGAAAGGGAUUACUGUAAUCCGCAAGGCUUCCGCCUACGCGGAAGCCUUGCGGAAAGCUUAAAAUAAAGAAUUUGCAGAGAAUUUAUAACACGUUGCACACCAGUUCCAUCAUGUGAAAGUACAUUGCUGGAAAAUGAGGCAAAUCGAAAAAUUGUGAUAAUUUCUUCCGAAAAAGAAGCCGAAAGUGGUUCGGAAAACGAUCUAACUCUCUCCUCAAAUUGUUGCCUAGACUCUAGUCUCUAUUUUCAAUAUUGCAUCCCAAUUCACAUAUUUUUCAUGCAACGUCGAAUCGGAUCGACAGAAAUGACAUCGGAUGAGAAAUUGCGUUUGCCGCUCAAAUAUAUGAUCAGAAAAGUGGGAACGAAGAUCAAAAAUCGAUUCUCGUUCUAUGUUUUUGCGUCGAUUUUUGAGAUUCGUUGGAAUCGCGCCAAAAAUGCGAUGAUGAAGAAGGCGCGCGAUUCAAAUAAUAUUUUUCGAAAACUUUUGGCGCCUAAUUCAGGUUGGUAUACUGUACCUCGAAAAUUUAUGAUCUACAAAUUUUUGGAACUUUUUUUCUAGCUGAAAAUUCUGGGAUACUGUAGCUGAAAAUUUCGGCGCCAAAUUAUGCCUAAAAGCCUGAUUCACAAACGAAAAAAAUGUUUAAAAAUUUUUUUUUUUAACAUUGAAAGAUCAAUUCACGAAAAGUCAUAGGUCAAAAUUAGUUUUCCAAGUUUUUCAGCCAAAAAUGAUGAAAAAUCGAUAUUUUUCAAGCUUCUGGAGUAAUUUCUGAUGAAAAUAACCUUUGAGAACCCUAUUUUGCUUUAUUUUAUGAAUUUUUUACGAAAAAUCAGCAAAACCUUCUGGAAAAUGAAUUCCAAGGUCAAUUUUCAUCAGAAAUUACUCCAGAAGCUUGAAAAAUAUCGAUUUUUCAUCAUUUUUGGCUGAAAAACUUGGAAAACUAAUUUUGACCUACGACUUUUCGUGAAUUCUGAAAAAUUCUAUAGAUCAAAUUUUUGGUGCCGAAUUUGUGGAGCUACAGUAAUCGCUGAUUUUUAAACCAGAAUUGAGUUUCAAAUAAUUUGUAGAUCAAAUUUUUGGAAUAAAAAUCUGAGGUACUGUAGCUCGGAAAUAAGUUCCAAAAAUUUUUGUAGAUCAUUUUUGGUGCCAAGCCACAGUAACCCAAACUUUUCUACCUCAAAACUUCCAAAUCUUGUUUCCCGCCCAAUUUCAGACCUACAGUACCCCAAUUUCGUUAUUUUUCAGUUGAUUUGAGCUUGGUCGAUUUGAUGAAAUUAAUGGAAUUGGACGAAAUUCCAAAUAAUUUGAACCUGUAUGUUUUUAUUCGAAAUGUUGAUGAAAUGGAAUUAUUGGAUUCGCCUGAUUCAAAUGCCUGGAGAUUUGAUCAUGUUUUGGAAUCCGGAAAAUGA